AUGUAUCUGGUAGCUAUUUCGGCGGUGAUAACUAUGGCGGGGGCGGCUUAUUGGUAUGUGAACAGACGAAAACCUAUCAGGCAUAUACUCAGUGAAAUUAAAUACGCUAUAGAUAUGCAGGGGGCAGGCGCGGGGGGCUUGAUAGACGACUGGGUCAGCGUUUGGAGAAACAGGAUAGUUUUGCCAGAUAGUAAAAACAAAAUAGCUGUCAUAACUGGAGGAGCUCGGGGCAUCGGAACAGAAGUUGUGAGAGGAUUUCUAAAAUCAAACAUGACCGUCGUAAUGGGUGUUAGAAAUCCAGACUCAGUAAAUAAACUAAAAGAAACUAUGGAGAACGGACACAACAUAAGAGCAUUUCCACUGGACUUACAAUCACUGAAAUCAGUUAAACAGUUUGCAACGAGUGUGUUGAAAGAGUACAAGGAAAUACAUAUAUUGGUCAAUAAUGCUGGCAUAAUGUUUGGAGAUUAUAAAUUAACCGAGGAUGGCUUCGAAACACAACUAGCAGUGAAUCAUUUGAGUCAUUUCUAUUUGACACAUUUAUUGUUACCAGCAUUAAAAAAUGCUGGCAAAGUCAAUGAACCCGCAAGAAUUGUGAAUGUAACAUCAUGUGGUCAUUUUCCCGGAAAGAUUUACUUUGAAGAUAUUAAUAUGAAAGAGCAUUAUGAUACGACGGCAGCUUAUGCACAAUCAAAAUUGGCACAGUUAAUGAUUGCAAGAUAUAUAAAUAGACUGUUGGAAGAUAAAGAUGUUCCCGUUAAGUGUUAUUCUGUACACCCAGGAAUAGUAGACACAGAUCUAUUCGAGAAGACGAACUUUGCGAAAUUUCCAUGGAUUAAAAAAGCUUUCUUCAAAACACCAGAAAAGGGUGCAGUUUCUAUACACUAUGCCUGUUUUAAUAAGGAGAUUUUAUCAAAAGGUGGUCUAUAUAUUGCAAAUUGCAAGGAAGGUUUCAGCAACAGAUUCUCUAAAAAUGAAAAAUAUCAAGAGAAAUUGUUCAAACUAUCUUGUGACAUGGUCGGAAUUGAUGCUGAGAAGUUUGGAAGAGAUUAG